UGUCAGUGCUGCUGUUGCUGGUUCAGCUAGUGUGGCUAGCUUCCGCUCUGUGAACCAGAGGGCGUCCCACACAUCCAACAGCUAUGGUUUAAAGGCACACAAAGCAACACAAACACAACAAACAGACGACAUGCCACGAAUAUAAAAUAAGAGGUGUCGCUUUUGAGCAGCAAGGAGGCGAUUCAUCUCUUCUUUAGCCGAGGUUUGACCACAUCACUGUGACUUUGCCUCUUCACGUUUUCAGACGUUAGGAACAAGAAGGCCUACUUCAGGAUAAAUAAUCUGUCGCUGCAGCGCCUUGGGCACCAAGAGGAAUAUUUAGAAUAAUCAUGAACUCCCACGAGUCAGACGUGCACACCAUCUCUCCGGAGCUGCCAGCAAUGUUCGACGGCAUGAAGCUGGCGGCGGUGGCCACGGUGCUCUACAUCAUCGUCCGCUGCUUGAACCUCAAGAGCCCCACCGCUCCCCCAGACAUUACCUACCAGGACACGCCUCUCAACCGCUUCCUUCUCAAGUCCUGUCCUCAGCUGACCAAAGAGUACAUUCCUCCCUUACUGUGGGGCAAGAGCGGUCACCUCCAGACAGCGCUGUACGGUAAGCUUGGCAGGGUGAGCUCACCUCAUCCCAGUGGAGUCAGGAAGUACUUACCCAUGCAGGACGGGGCCACUGCGACCUUUGACCUCUUUGAGCCAGUGGGAGACCAUCGAACAGGAGAUGACAUCACCAUGGUGAUAUGCCCUGGUAUUGGUAACCAUAGUGAGAAGCAUUACAUCCGAACCUUUGUGGAUCAUGCCCAGAAGGAAGGUUAUCGCUGUGCCGUGCUGAACCACCUGGGAGCUCUUCCCAACAUCGAGCUCACCUCUCCACGCAUGUUUACCUAUGGUUGCACAUGGGAGUUUGCAGCCAUGGUCGGCUACAUCAAGCGGACGUAUCCUCAGACCCAGCUGAUCGUGGUGGGAUUCAGCCUGGGUGGAAACAUCGUCUGUAAGUUCCUGGGCGAGAACAGGACAAACCAGGAGCGAGUGCUGUGUUGUGUCAGCGUCUGUCAGGGGUACAGCGCUCUCAGGGCACAGGAAACAUUCCUACAGUGGGACCAGUUCAGACGCUUCUAUAACUUUCUCAUGGCCGACAACAUGAAGAAAAUCAUCCUCUCACACAGGCACAGUCUGUUUGGGGGAAGCCCAUUUAAAAGGAUAGAUCUAGAUCUUGGUCGGCUGUACACAGCGACGUCCCUCAUGCAGAUCGACGACAACAUCAUGAGAAAAUUCCACGGCCACAGCUCUUUGAAAGAGUACUAUGAGAAGGAGAGUUGUGUACAUUAUAUUCACAAUGUAAAUGUGCCACUGCUGCUAGUGAACUCUGCAGAUGAUCCUCUGGUUCAUGACUCACUGCUCACCAUCCCUCGCACACUAGCAGCAAAGAAGCCAAAUGUGAUCUUUUCCCUGACUCUACACGGAGGCCACCUGGGCUUCUUCGAGGGUGCAGUGCUCUUCCCCCAGCCCCUCACCUGGAUGGACAAAGUGAUUGUGGGUUAUGCCAAUGCCAUGUGCCAGUGGGAGAAACAGAAACCGCCAUGCCAAAGUGGCCACCUGAGUGAGAGCUCCUGCGCUGAGGAGAAAGCGUAAACCUCUGACUUCUGUGUCUCUCUCACUCUCUCUCCUUUACCUUCUCACCUCCCACCCUCUCCAACACCACUGCCCCUGCACAGAGGAGACACCUGAAUUAAACCUUAAACUGCUCUCUCUUCUCUGCCUUCUCCUCUGGUGCUACUCACCGCUCCCGACCCACACAUCCUGAUCAAACACGCCUUCACCACAGUUCCCUCUUUAUAAUCACAAUCACCUUACAGUAUGUGAAGGAACAAAAACAACUAACUGCCUUUGUGCUCUUUUCCGUUGCGGAGACUUUGAAUUCAGAGCAGGAACAUUUUGUUUCUCUUCAUGUACACAACAAUGAUCCUUGGUUCAUGGAGGCGUUGACCAAAUAUGAGGAGAGAUGAAGUCAAGCUGGCGUUUAAAGGAAAGUGAGAGCACCACUUCAGUGUAGUCCAAGCACACAAGAAGCCUCCUAUUACAGUAAUCAAGGACUGUGCUGCAGUCAGUGCCCAUUUGCUGCACCUGUAAGAAGCUCACUGCUUAUCACCGCCAAGGCCAUAUAGCCUAGUCUGCUGUCUUAACCAACACAGCGUCUCUGUAGUAUGUAUGUAUGUAACUCACAGAUGUAGUGUGUAUGUUUGUGCGCGCCUGUGUAGACCGAGAGUUAAAGACCCGUGACAGAGCAUGUGAUCUUUGUGUUUGGUAGGUGUGAUCCAGAUCUCCGUUCAUGGUCUGUCGACCCUUAUUAUGUCUGUUCUUUUGGGUGAACUGUUGCUCUGUUGUUUGUAGAAAAUGUACAGUAGAAAAAGUAAGUGUUAUGGUGGGAUUUUACACAUUAUUUCCAGCUGAUAACAUCCUCUUGGCACUUGCGUUUGACACUUCAGUGCUUACCAGACAUGACCAGGGAUCAGUCCUAGAGGGGAUCCGUGCACAUUCCCACGGUCGCAUUUUAUCACUUUGAUUCAAUGCACUUUACACCCUGUUUGGCACAAUCUUUAUUUUCCUUCUUUGUUUUCUCUCUUCAUUAGUCAAAGCGCAGGUAUGGAGAUAAUUGAUGGUUUAGCUCUCCUUGUGACCGAGAGGAUGAACUGGAGGGAGCGAGGAUGAUAACCAAAAGUUAGAUGACUCAAAUGUUCCCUGUGUUGUCUGUUGUCUUUGAGCCCUCUUACUCUUUCAUCUGCCUUUGAUCAGCUGCAGGUCCAGCCAAGACUUUGUUAUCCUUUUCUUACUGCACGGAUGCUAGCUCCCCACCCUCUAAACACCUCAUUUGGUGCAAACAUCUGAGUAUAAUUAUCCAGCAAAUGAAUCCAUGGUGUCAAAUUUUAAAGAUGCAGCUGACUGACUGGUUGACGUGGUCCUGUUAGAGUUUUCUUCUUUAUAAUCUGAGCUGUGAGGUGUGAUGAGUAGGAGGGCUGAGGAUACCAACGCUAAACCAAAUGUUUAUUAUUUUAAUGGGUUGUCGUACUACUAGUAAUCAUGCUGGUGAUUGUUAUAUUGUGAAAUUAGAUGGAGGAGACUGCAUGCACGAAAGAUGAGACGGAUUAUAAUACAAGGGAAUAUUUCUGUUGCGAAGACUACAUUGAAAAGCUUUUCUUGUUUUCUUGACUGGGCUGGGCGUUAAAGCUGUUAAAGUCUAUCUGAGAUGUGUCUUGAUGAAAUCAUACUGCAAUAAUGGGACCUGUGGACUUUUCAAAACCUGAAUCUUAAUUGAGAGCCUGUUGUGAACGUUGUUGUAAGGGCUUAGGAAGGUUCUUCCAAGGCAUUUCCAGCCAUGUUAUCUGAACACUGUGAUGAGACAAAUGGGUGGUUUGAAAUGAUGAAGGGGUACGCAGUGAUGCACAGCAAAGCAUCUUAUUAAGCUGUGUCGGCCAAAGUUUUGUGUCUAACAAGACCUGGGUUUGAUAGUGUUUGCAACUAAUACAGUGCCGCGGGAAUGAGUCUUAAAACCUGGAGAUGAGUUAGCAUUUUAGCACUCACAGUUACCUCGUCUCAGAGUCAAUGGGUUUUUGCUUACAAACCUGAAAUAAGCUUUUUGGUUAACACAAGCUUGAGAGACGUUCAUGUUUUUUUCUACAACAUAAAAUACAUCAGUAAAUACCUUACUUGUAAAAUUUAAGCCUUUAUGUGGAAAAAAAAAAAGGCGGUUGCCAAGUAGUGGUUAAGACUAGAGAACAUCAUCAUGCUGACCACGGCUUUAAAACCUCCUUGUGGUGGCGACAUCAAGUCAUGCGACAGUGGUGUGGUUCCUUCAUAGCCUAACGUCAGCUUUUUACCUGUGGCGAUUGCAUUUAUGCUUCAAAAACAUAAAAGUACUGUUCAUCUGUAAAGAAUAUCAAGCUGAACAAACUUUUUUAGUGUCAUAAAUGUUUGUUUGCCACAGAUUUUAUUUUCUGCAGUACUCCAAAAUCCACUGGGAAAGUCCCACUGGAUUUUGGAGUAUUGCAAGAUCAUUUGUCAGCCUACAAAUAAACAACAUCUCUACACCACUCUAUAGCGUUUAUAGAAUAAUUAUCCUGAGCAUUAGAGAUCAUUCUUUACAUUGGAACUAGUAGUUUGAGUUAUAUAAUACUGUAAGUGUGAUUCUCAUCACCACUGAAGUUAAAUCGGUUGUUCUUUGGCUCAAGGACAGUUUCACCCCCUCGGUUCACAGGGAUCCAUUGGUUUUUGAGAUAUAAUUGGCUUAAAUUUGACCUCCUUUUGUGGAGAUUAUUCCUUGCAAAUACUAUGAAAUCCAGGUAUUAAUCUCACCCAUGCUGGCUCGGCUCAGAUUAAAAACAGGGAUUCACCGAUCCAAUUUUAUCCCUCUCAGCUCAGGGUAUCUGCCAAUACCAAGCACCAGUCCAAUUCCAGUGCCCUCUUUUAAAUCUGUACAACUCACUGUGUGUUACUCGAUCAUUUUUAUGUACUGUAAGAUAAAAUGAGAGCAGGGAUUGCGGUGGCAGUAAGUCAGCAGUCUGCCAUGACUGAUUUUAUUACAUUGGAAGUGGCGAUACAAAAUUUUACAGUGACACUGACAGCGAAACUGUAUUUAAUGUGGUUCAGUGACAUCAUGGCUGAUUCUAGAUCCACUUCAUAAAGUGUUUGGUGUUUGUUUCGGUGCAUCCCAGACUGAAACGUGUAGAUAUGUAUGUCUGAGCCGCUACCUUCUUUCUUUGCAGUCAUCAUUCAAACCACAGAUCACUGUCGCCAUCUAUUGUCAAGGAGACCAAACUACAACUGCAGACAUCCUGUCAUUCACCUGCAGUGAGAUUAUAUUAAUGGUUCACGGUUCACUCUGUCCACAGCUCUCAUUUCAACAAAAUCCGCUGUGCUUUGGAUUUAUUCUGGUUCGUAAGAUAAAAAAAUCUGAUGACUAUUGAUGACACCAGCACAACCCAGUAUCUGCAGUAAGAGCCAUUUGUGUUCUUUUUAAGAUUUUUGCCUCUACCCCAACUUUGCACAAAAAUGCAGGUUUGGAUGUAUUAUUUUGGAUGUAUUUUUUUCUAGUCAGUUAUUUGGGGUAUUUUUUUGUAUUUUGUAUUGUUAUUUCUUUUGUUAUUUGCUUGUGCAAAUGCAUCAGAGCGUGUGUGUUGAUGAGUACACAUACUGUACCUGUAUCAUAUCACCACCUCUGAUUGACAAAAACCAAAACUUCUUCACUUUAACAAUGAAAAAGCUAAAGAAAUAUAUAAAGAUAGUGUAUAUUAGAAUAUUUGAGGGAACAGGUUUAAAAAAAAAAAUAAAGGCAAUAACCAACCAG